GUCCUGAACUGUGAGCCUUGCCCUCGCGGGAGGUGGACCAAUGAGGAGGGCACCGCAGCUGCCGACCUCUGCUUCAACUGCAGUGCCGGGAGGUGGUCCUCCGGCGAGGGCGCUGCCUCGCAGGACGCCUGCAUCGACUGCUUGGCUGGCAGAGCCUCGGAAAGGUCAGGCGCGCCCACCUUCGCCUGGUGUGAGCCCUGCGAAGCCGGGCGGUUCAGCGACACCGGCGCAGCAUCCUGCAUUCCUUGCCGCGCGGGGUCCUGGAGCGGCGGUCGUGGCGCCACCGGCAACGAGACCUCCUCCUGCACGCCCUGCGCCCCCGGCCGGGCCUCCACCGCGGAGGGCGCCACAGCAGACUCCACCU